CCACUCGUCACCAGCCAGCACAUCAUGUCGACCUGCACGUAUGCAACCACGGGGGCAAACUUCAAGUACCAGGAGUGGUACGAGUGCGCUACGUGUGGGAUGAACAACGGGUCUGGUGUGUGUGCCGUGUGCGCUAUGCAGUGCCACCGCGGGCACAACCUGUCGGCGCCCAAGCACUCCAAGUUCUACUGCGAUUGUGGGGCCGGCGGGUGCCAAGCCAUGUCUGGCGGGAAGAAAAAGACCAAGAAGGUGCUGAAGGUCGCAAAGCGGGCACCGGCAAAGCAGCAGUUGCAGCAGCAGCCGCUGGCACUGCGGCAGGUGCAGCAGAUGCAGCAGAUGGCGGCGCAGCAGCAGAGCCUGGCAGCGCCGAUGGCCCAGAUGCAGCAGCAGCUGGCGCGCGGGCAGCAGAGCUCGGCGGCGACGGCCAAGCGGUCGGGCGUGUCGUACGAGCCGCGGCCGAUGCAACAGGCUGCGCUGCGGGCGGUGAGCCGGGUGGCGGAUGCGUCGGCGGUGCCGCGUGCACGGUCGUACGUGCCGAACGACCUGCGCGUGGACGUUAACUCGCCGGUGAUCCGGCUGCCGCCCGGGUACUUUGUGCAUGUGCUGGACACCAACUCGAACGUGACGCGGGUGCACCAGGGCCCGGCGACGCUGACGACGAUGGACCACGAGCAGAUUGUGCUUGGCCCGCGGGCAAUGAUCGUUGUUCCACCUGCACACUACUGCGUGGUGGCGGAUCCUGUGGUCCGCGACGACGCCGGUGAGCCAGUGGUCGAGGACGGGCAGUUCAAGGUUGCAUUUGGCGAGCGCAAGGUUGUGGUAAGCGGCGAGCCGUUCCUGUUGUACCCGGGCGAGUCGAUGGCGAGCGGGGUGACACCGCUGUUUGUGGUGCCCGAAGGCUCUGCGCUGCGGCUGCGGUCGGACCGCGAGUUUACCGACGGCGAGGGCGUGGUGCGGCCUGCGGGCUCGGAGUGGUAUGUCCGCGGCCCGCAGACGUACACGCCGCUUGUCGAGGCGACGCCUGUGGAGCUUGUGUACGCGGUUCCACUCGAGCCGACGCAGGCGCUGCGGCUGGCAGCGCGGUCGAACACGGUCGACGCGGGCGGCAAGGCGCGGUCGACUGGCGAGGAAUGGCUUGUCCGCAACGAGUUCAGCUACCUGCCUGGCGUGGAGGAGAUUGUGCGUGGCAUUGUGGAUCCGAUUGUGCUCUCGCCGACGCAGGCACUGCACAUGCGGGCGACGCAGUCGUGCACCGAUGGGCUGGGCGUGGCGCGUAAGGCCGGCUCGCAAUGGCUGCUGACGCGGGCCGACGCGGCGGCUUACAUUCCGGGCGUGUUUGAGCAGGUUGUGGGUGUUGUCGACGCCAUUGUACUGAUGGCGAACCAGUAUGUGGUGGUGGUUGAUCCGGUCGAUGCCAACGGCGUGCCGCAGCUCGGGCGCGCCGAGGUCCGCCGCGGCGAGGCCUCGUUCUUCCUGCACCCGGGAGAGUCGCUCCACGACGGCAUCCAGGAGGUGCAGGUCCUUGGCAAGCAAGAGGCGCUUCUCUGCCGGGCGACCGAGUCGUUUGAGGACGCCGGUGUGGCGGGCGCGGACGAGGCGGGUGCGUCGGGACCGAUUGCGCGCGGUGCCGGUGACCGGUGGCUCGUCGAGGGUCCGUGCGAGUACCUCCCGCCUGUGUGCGUGCAGGUCCUCGACCGGCGGUCUGCCAUUCCGCUCGACAAGAACGAGGGCAUCUACGUCCGCGACUGCUCGUCCGGCGCGGUGCGGUCUGUGACUGGCUCGUCGUACCUGCUCCGCGAGAACGAGGAGCUGUGGGAGAAGGACCUUCCCGAGAGUGUGGAGCAGCUGCUUGUGCGCUACGGCGGCGCGGCGGCACGGGUUAAGCACCGUGUUGUCUCGUUCCGGGUCCCGCACAACGCGGUGGCGCAGAUCUACGACUACCGGCGCAAGUCUGCGCGGCUUGUGUUUGGGCCAGGCAUGGUGAUGCUCGAGCCCGACGAGCAGUUUACGCAGCUGACGCUGUCGGGCGGCAAGCCGAAGCGGUCGGGCGCGAUCCGCGACGUCAUUCUCCGGCUCGGCCCGGACUACAUGACCGACAUUCUCAAUGUGGAGACGUCGGACCACGCGCGACUCUCGCUCAAGCUCUCGUACUCGUGGCACUUUGACGUCGACCCGGCGGACGAGUCGCCCGAGGGCCUGGCCAAGGCCCGGGCGCUGUUCUCGGUGCCGGACUUUGUUGGUGACGGCUGCAAGGCCAUUGCCUCGCGGGUUCGUGGCGUUGUCGCCUCGAUUCCGUUUGACCAGUUCCAUCGUAACUCGGCAGCCAUCAUUGCCGAGGCCGUGUUUGGCAUCGAGCCGACGAGUGGCAACCUUCGGACCGAGCUCCGGCUGCCGAACAACAACCUGGUCAUCGACGCCGUCGACGUGCAGACGGUGGAGCCGGUGGACAAGUCGACGCGCGACUCACUCAUGCGCUCGGUCCAGAACGCCAUCCAGGACACGACUGACGCCGUCGAGGCCGAGGCCACCAACAAGGCGUCGCAGAAGGAGCAGCAGGCCAUGGGUGAGCUGCAGCGGCAGAAGAUCCUCGACGACGCCAAGAUCGAGGAGGCCCGCCAGAAGCUCCUCGAGCUGCAGGCCGACUCGCGCGCCAUCAUGACUUCCGGUUCGGCCAAGGCUGAGGCCGAGGCCCGCGCCACCGCCCAGAAGAUCACUGCCACCGCAGAGAUCGAGCUUGCAGAGCUCCGCGCCACCGCUGCCAACGCGCUCUCCGAGUCGGAACUCGCCCGCAUGGCCGCCUACCAGCAGGCUGAAAUCGACCACCAGCGCGCCCUCAACGACAUUGAGGCCGAGCGCUCCGACAAGCUGGUCAACCUCGAGGUUUCCUCGUUCAAGACCACCGUCGACGCCAUCGGAGCAGACGUCCUCACCACCAUUGCGCAGGCCGGGCCCGAGAUGCAGGCUCAGCUGCUGCAGUCGCUCAACCUCAAGACAACCGUCCUUACCGACGGCACCUCACCCAUCAACCUCUUCAACUCGGCCAACGGCCUGGUCGGCGCCGCCUCGUCCGCCGCGUCGGCCUCGGCCUCGGGUUGAAGUCCCAAAUGAAUGCCCCCGCCCCCC